AGGGGGCGACAGCGGACUAUGAAGUUAAGCUGCAUUUAACAAACGAACGAAAUAGAGUUGAAUGACGCUGGUGAAAGGGACACAGGCAUGAAGUGUAGCGAGUACCAUGAGUGUUUACUUUUUGUUUUCUAAAUGAUUUUCAAGUCAAAUCUUGAUUAGAAUGUCUAGUGCUGAGCUGCAAAAGUGUCCUAGAACGUUGCUUGUGUGCGAAAAAUCUAAUUUUGAGGACGAAAAUUCUAGAUAUCAAACUCACGUGUCACAUCAUUUCUUUAAUCAUAAGGUGUCGCUGUUUUUACCAGACUGUGGUGGCCUUACAUCACGUAUGACCAGUGUCAUUAACGGGUUCAAUAAGUUUUAUUUAAUCAAGGAUUUACCAGUUUAUAAAUUGCUGGAACAAGAGUUCUUGGACAAUGUUCUGUAUAAAGGUGGUGUUUAUGCUCUGUCCUACAACACAAGAAUUGAUGAAGAUAACACCAUAGCACUUCUUCCGAACAGACAGCUCAUUCUUUCACUGGAUAAGGACACAUAUGAGCAGCUUGGCCUUGAAGGAAAGCCUUCGCGUUACAAUCACAAGCGUGUCAUGAGAUAUGUAGUGACCAUCAACCUGACUGAGAAGUCCAUGGCUCCUGGAGGGAAAUUUUACAAGAAGGUUCUCACCAGCCUGCGGGAGAGGGUCACCCUCAAAAGUGACUUCCUACUAUCCCAGCACAGCUCAGGAGUGGAUGAAAACAAGACCCUGCAGAGUUUCCUGUCCCAUUGCCAGUGGACAGAGCACAGGCCUCAUGUCAGUACCCUCACUCUGAGGGACUUGCCAUGUCCGGCUCUCCACCACUCUGAUUUGCGCGGCGACCAAUCCUCCUGUGACCCCACAAACUUCCUUGAGUGGCUUGGAGCUGUAAAUGCAGAUAUUGACUGUGACAAUACUGCAACUAGUUUCCUGUCAACGUACACUUGUCCAGAGCCCCAGAUUCCAGUAAGCCACGCUCUACUGUGCACUAUCACAGGCUUGCUUUUACCUGAAGACAUCUACAAACUGUUGCAGGAACUUCGGAGUUAUUUUGAUGAACCAAAAUUCACAUCCUGGCUGUCACUGACUGUACAUGGUUUCAUGGACAGUCCAGUUUCCUGGGGAUUCAAAGAACAUUCUUUUCACAAGGGAGGGGAACACUUCUAUAAUUUUGUCAUCUUCAAAAACCAAGAUUACUGGCUGCACAUGGGUGCUGGUGCCCAUGAGGAGUGUCCACCAUAA